CCUCCCGACCGCCCUCAAUGCGCAGGCUAGGACGCCUCUCCCCCCUCCGCCCCCGCCAUGGAAAGUUAAGUUUGAAGAGGGGGGAAGAGGGAAACAUGGACAUGAAGAAGAGGAUCCACCUGGAGCUGAGGAACCGGACCCCGGCCGCCGUUCGAGAACUUGUCCUGGACAAUUGCAAAUCAGAUGAUGGGAAAAUUGAGGGCUUAACAGAUGAAUUUGUGAACUUAGAGUUCCUCAGUUUAAUAAAUGUAGGCUUGAUUUCAGUUUCAAAUCUCCCCAAACUACCAAAAUUGAAAAAGCUUGAGCUCAGUGACAAUAGAAUCUCUGGAUGUCUGGACAUGUUGGCAGAAAAACUUCCAAAUCUCACACAUCUAAAUUUAAGUGGAAAUAAACUGAAAGAUAUCAGUACCUUGGAACCUUUGGCCUGUCAAUCCAGGGUCACUGUGAGCAUAGGAACCCCUUGUUUUCUGGAACAGAACACCAGGGACAUUAAUCGAGAGACAAAGAAGGCAUCAUUUCAAACUUCCUUGGACACCUUUUUUAAGAGACCUGGGCCAUCCAAACCAUCCCCAAAAGCCCUUCUAAAUUCUAAGAAGAAAAAGUUGGAAUGUCUGAAAAGCCUGGAUCUGUUUAACUGUGAGGUUACUAACCUGAAUGACUACCGAGAGAGUGUCUUCAAGCUCUUGCCCCAGCUGACUUACCUGGAUGGCUAUGACCAAGAGGAUCGAGAAGCUCCUGACUCAGAUGCUGAGGUGGACGGUGUGGAUGAAGAAGAGGAUGAUGAAGAAGGAGAAGAUGAGGAGGACGAGGAGGAUGAGGAUGGUGAGGAAGAAGAAUUUGAUGAUGAAGAGGAUGAAGAUGAAGACGAAGAUGUAGAAGGAGAAGAGGAUGAAGAUGAAGUCAGUGGGGAGGAAGAAGAAUUUGGACAUGAUGGAGAAGUUGAUGAAGAUGAAGACGAUGAGGAUGAGGAUGAGGAUGAAGAGGAGGAAGAAAGCGGGAAAGGUGAAAAGAGGAAGAGAGAAACAGAUGAUGAAGGAGAAGAUGAUUAAGGACCCAAAUAAUCUGCAGAAAAAGAAAACUGUUCAGUAUUGGUUGGACUGCUCAUCCUAUGGAUUUGGUAGCUGUUUAAA